UUGUGUGGUUUGGGAACGGCCAAAGGCUCCCCUACACACACACACAAUACACACAUACAACACACAACAUACACAACACAACAUACAACACAUACAACACACAAAUACACAUAUAACAUACAAAACAUACACAUAUAACACACAACACACACAACAUACACCACAUACAACACACAACACAACAUACACAACACAACACACAACACAAACAACACACAACACACACACACAACAUACACAACACAACAUACAACACACAACACACACAUACACACACAACAUACACAACACACAACACAUACAAUAUACAACACAACACACACAUACACACACAACAUACACAACACACACAACACAACAUACAACACAUACAACGCACAACACAACAUACACAACACAACAUACAACACACACACAACAUACCAACACAAACAACAUACAACACCACACACCCAUUUCUUCUCCUCAUCGCGAGGCGGCUUCGGCGUGCGUGCGUGGGGGGGGUAGGCCGCCCCGGGCCCACACAGUUGAGGCGGGGGGGGGGCCGCCGCGUGUAAGGAUGGCGAUGGAGGAGGAGAGACGCAAGCUGAGGGAAAUCAUCAACCACUGGAACGAGAACAGACUCGACCUCUUCGAGAUCAGUCUACCCAAUGAGGAGCUGGAGUUCCACGGCGUGAUGCGCUUCUACUUCCAAGACAAGAUGUCGGGCAACUUUGCCACCAAGUGCAUCCGCGUGUCCAGCACGGCCACCACGUCGGACGUGGUGGAGACGUUGAGCGAGAAGUUUCGCCCGGACAUCCGUAUGCUGACGGCGCCGCGGUACUCCCUCUACGAGGUUCACUCCAGCGGAGAGGAGCGGCGCCUGGGGGAGCACGAGAAGCCGCUCGUCGUGCAGCUCAACUGGAACAAGGACGACCGCGAGGGGCGCUUUGUGCUCAAGAACGAGAACGACAUCGCUCCCGUCAAGAAGGUGGAGCGCAACGGUGCCGGCAAGGCGGAGAAGGAGGGCGUGAUGCAGAACUUCAAGCGCACGCUGUCCAAGAAGGAGCGCAAGGAGAAGAAGAGGCGGGAGAGGGAGGCGUCGUCGCGCUGCGAGGAGGACGAGGAGAACGCCCCCGACGUUGGCGCAGCCCCGCAGGCCGACAGUGCGGGCGUGGCGGAGGAGGUCUACAAGGAGAUGCCCGAGACGAGCUUCACGCGCACCAUCUCCAACCCCGAGGUCGUCAUGAAGCGGCGGCGCCAGCAGAAGCUGGAGCGCCGUCUGCAGGAGUUCCACGGGGACGACGGGCGGCCCCGCUCCGGCGGGAUGCUGCGGGUGUUUGCCGACAGCCUCAGGCCGACGAUCCCCUACAAGACGCUGCUCGUGUCUCUGUCGGACCCCGCCGAGUUUGUGGUGCGCGAGGUGCUGGAUAAGUACGGCCUGGAGCGGGAAGACCCCGCCAACUAUUGCCUGGCCAGGCUGGUGCUGCCGCCCGACAGCGACAUGAUGGAGGAGGCGGUGCGACGCGAAGGCCUGGAAACGGCGCUAGACGACCAGGACUGCCCUCUCAACAUCCUGGUGGAGUGGCCCGCUGAGGACGGCGUGCUGGUCUUCCAGCUGCGCAAGAAGGAGGACGUGGCGGCGCGACGGAAGAAGCAGCAGCAGCAGCAGCACAAGGGGGUGGUGGGCAAGGCUGCCGGGGAGGGGCAGGAGGAGCGCCGGCGUGGUGGCGGUGGCGGCGGCGACGCAGCCACUGGAGCCGACGCCGGCUCCGGGCACGACGCGUACGGAGCGGCGCCGCCGCCCGACAGGCUCCCGUACCUCGUGGAGCUCAGCCCUGGCGGUCGCCACAGCCACCGCUCUUACAGGACUCCAGACGGCUCGGACUCGCGGGACAAGCCCAAGAUGUACCGGCUGCAGCUCAACGUGACGGAGGUUGGCAGCGACACGUCGUCGCCGCAGUUCAUCCAGCUGUUUGGCGCCGGCAUCCAGCCGCAGCACUGCGUGGUCACCAACAUGGAGGGCGUGGUGACGGUGACGCCGAGCAGCGUGGAGGCCGACACCUUCGUGCAGGGACGCCGCAUCUCGGAGACCACCAUGCUGCGCAGCGGCUGCACCCUGCGCUUCGGCCGCGCCAGCGUCUUCAAGUUCGUGGACCCCGGCCACGAGCCGCCCGGAGUCUCCUCCGGCGGAGUCCGCCGUGCGGCCGAGGGGGAGACGGAGCCGGCGCGCGCCACCGCCAGGAGCAGUAGUGGGCCCGUGCCCGUGCCGCACGAGACCACGUUUGAGCUCGACGGAGACGUCCACAGCAACUCGGACGCGCACGCCAAGCGUCAGGCCGAUGGGAGGUCUGCGAUGCGACCGGACAGAGUGGAAUUUACCAAGUCAGAGUUACGCGGCCAAGAGAAGCCGUCUCAAAUCAUCGAUCUGCCGGCCACGCUGGAGCUGAGAGAAGGAGCGGAGGAGGCCUUCCUGGCGGGCGUGGUGAACUACACCAACAGCACGACGGCGCACUUCAAGCUGUCGCCCACCUACGCGCUCUACCUGGCGGCGCGCCGCACCCUCGGCAGCCCCAACACCGCCAGCGCCUCCUCCGCCAGCGAGGAGGAGCGUCUCCGUCGCACCGUGUCUCUCGUCAACCGCAUGGUCGCCAUGAUGGAGGCCGUCAUCCAGGACCUGAAGCACCACGAGCAGGAGCAGAGCGGCAUGGCGAGCGCGCUCGCGUUCUGGAUGGCCAACGCCUCGGAGCUGCUCAACUUCCUGAAGCAGGACUCUGAGCUUGGCCGCGUCACCGCCGAUGGCCAGGACGUGCUGGCAAGCGGCGUGCACACGGCCUUCCGGCACCUGGUCCACUGCCUGCAGUCAGAUCUCAACAAGUGCAUGCCGGCCUUCCUGGAGGAUCCGGAGGAGCCCAGCGCCCAGGGCCCCAAGAUCGACGACGUGCUGCAGACGCUGAGCGGCGCCAUGUCCUUGCUGCGCCGGUGCCGCGUGAACGCGGCGCUCACCAUCCAGCUCUUCUCGCAGCUCUUCCACUUUGUCAACAUGUGGCUCUUCAACGAGCUGGCGCGGGGCGCUGCGGCUCGCCAGCCCCUCUGCUCCUACUACUGGGGGGUGGCGCUGCACGAGCGCCUGCACGCCGUCGAGGGCUGGGCCGAGCGCCAGGGCCUCGAGCUCGCCGCCGACUGCCACCUCAGCAGGAUCAUGCAGGCCACGACCCUGCUCACGAUGGACAAGUACGCGCCCAAGGACGCGCCGGAGAUCAGCAGCACCUGCUUCAAGCUCAACUCACUGCAGCUGCGCGCACUGCUGGAGGGAUACCAGGGCGCCACGGGGGAGCCCAGCAUCCCUCGCGAACUGAUCGACAGCGUGGUUGCCAUGGCCACCAGCACUGCUGACGAGCUGGCGCACAGCGAUAUGCGCGAGGUGCGUCUGGAGGAGGACCCGGACCUGCAGCUGCCCUUCUUGCUGCCCGAGGACGGCUACUCGUGCGACAUCGUCAAGGGGGUGCCACACGGACUCGCCGAGUUCCUCGCUCCGCUCUGCCAGAGAGGUCUUUGUCGUCUGGUGCCCCUUCUACGCUCACCGGGAGUGUGGACCGUGUUCUUUGAGGGUCACGACAACGACAGUGGCCCCCUCCUUCCCACUGACACGGGCUCGCUGCAACACCAGGUGCCCAAGGUGCUCACCGUCACGCUCAAGAAGCAGCACGGUCUGGGCCUCAGCAUCGUCGCCGCCAAGGGUGCCGGUUUGGACAAGCUGGGAAUCUACGUCAAGUCGGUGGUCAAAGGCGGCGCUGCUGAUCAGGACGGGCGUUUGGCUGCUGGGGACCAGCUGCUCAGCGUCGAUGGGAACAGCCUCGUGGGCCUUUCUCAAGAGAGGGCGGCCGAGCUGAUGACCCGCACCGGCUCGGUGGUGACGCUGGAGAUCGCCAAGCAGGGAGCCAUCUACCACGGCCUAGCCACCCUGCUCAACGAGCCCUCGCCCACCACGCAGCACAGAGGAACGGACCGUCGCACCGGUGGCAAGGCGAGGCCCAAGAGCGAGGGGCUGGAGUUGUACCGCGGCGCGGCGCGUCCCGACAGCCCGGAAGAGCCGGCGGAGACCCACACCGACGCCCACCAGCAGCAGCAGCAGCAGGAGCAGCAGGGCGGCGCAGUCUCUCACGGCGACGACCGGCUCGUGAAGAACCGCGCAGACCACCGCUCUACCCCCAACGUCGCGCACUCCCCCGACAGCGUGGGUCUCCGCCCCGUGUACCCGGGCGCUCCGGCCUCCAGGGUCCAGUCGGUGUCGACCGGCAACCUCAAGGCAGAGGAGAGUCCCUCUCCGCCGUCGCUCGAGGCCUACCCGGUGCCCACAGCCACCUACGCACGCGAGUGCAGCACGCUGCCACCCCCGCCCGCAGACAGCUCCCCCGCUUGGGCGGCCUCCGGCAUGCAGAGAGCGGCGCACUCCGAGGAGGAGCUGCGGCGAGACCGCCCCUACCGUGCGGCGGGGCCGCCGCCGCCACCGCCACACCACCACCACGGGCAGCAGCAAGCGCAGCGCCAGCAGCCGCCCUCCUCGCUCCUAUCCUCCUCCAGCCACGAGCAGUCGGCGCUGUCGGCUCGCGCGCCGCAGUACGGCAUCGCCGUGGGCGGCGCCGCCUCCGCCAAGACGGGGCCGGGCCGCUGGAAGACGCCCGUCGUCAGCGGUGGCGGCGGCGGCGGCGGUGGCCAGCAAGGAGGCGGCCUCCCUCCGCCGCCCCCUCCGACGCGGUACCCGCCGGGGUACGGCCCCGAGUCGCGGGACCUCCCGCCGCCACCGCCGCCUCCGCCGCCGGCGUCCGCCCUGCACGGCAUGGGCGGGAUGAGCGGCGGGGGCACGUCCUCGUCGCUGUCGUCGCUUUCGUCGCCGUCGCUGCCGUCGCCCGGCUAUGGCGGCGACGCGGGGCCCGAGGCGGAGCGCAAGCGCGAGGAGCAGCUGCGCUGGUACGAGGCGGAGAAGGCGCGGCUGGAGGAGGAGCGCGAGCGACAGCGGCGCAGGAAAGCGGCGGGGGCCGCUGCUCCCGGCGGCGGUGGCGGUGGUGGCGCGGGCGCGGGGUCGGUGGUGAGACCGCACGAAAGGCCGGCGGUGCCGUCGCAAGGAGACACGAUCAUCAGGGAGCUGCGCCCCCAGUCGCAGCCGCGCACCAUCGAGCGCCACGACCUGCACUUCCUGGUGCCCCCCCCCGCGGGCACCGGCGAGGAGGAGAGCGCCAGCGGCUCCCCGCAGCUGUCGCCGUCGCCGUGGGCGCGCGACGCCCGCGAGCGCCAGGAGAAGCAGCGGCAGCAGCAGCAGCUGGAGAUGCUGGAGCGGGAGAUCGCGGCGCUGCAGUCGCGGCCGCAGCACCAGCUGCUGCCCGAGGAGAGCGACCGGCUGCGCAAGCUGCUGCUGGAGCGCGAGUUUCAGCGGCGCGUGCAGGAGGUGUCGCUGCGCCGGCGGGGCGGCGACGACGACGAUGACGACGACGACGACUACGAAGAGAGGGACGACGACGAGGGAGGUGGAGGCACUAGGAUCGGGGCGCAGGCCGCAGGGCAGAAGCAGUCGGUGCAGGAAAAGCCUCUGCCGUGGCAACACCAGCAGACGGGAGACUUCCACCAGCAGCAGCAGCAAAGGCAUGAGGAGGAGACGCACGUGUUGCAGGCCUUCCCGACUCUCUCGGUCUUGCACUUGCUCCAGGACGAGGAGCGCCGGAAGCAUCAGCAGCAGGCGGAGGAGCGUGCGCGGCAGCAGAGGGAAGCGGAUGAGCGGGCAAGGCAGCAGCGAGAAGCGGAGGAGCGAGCGAGGCAGCAGCGAGAAGCGGAGGAGCGAGCGAGGCAGCAGCGAGACGCGGAGGAGCGAGCGAGGCAGCAGCGAGAAGCGGAGGAGCGGGCGAGGCAGCAGCGAGACGCGGAGGAGCGGGCGAGGCAGCAGCGAGAAGCGGAGGAGCGAGCGAGGCAGCAGCGAGAAGCCGAGGAGCGAGCUCGACAGAGGGAAGCAGACGAACGGGCGAAGCAGCAGCGGGAAGCAGAGGAGCGGACGCGGCAGCAGCGGGAAGCGGAGGAGCGGACGCGGCAGCAGCGAGAAGCGGAGGAGCGGACGCGCAAGGUGGAGGAGCAGCGGCGCCGCGACGACGACUACUACGCUCACAUGGAGUCGGAGCGGCGGCGCGCGCUGGACGAGGAGGAGCGCCGCCUGCUGGGUCCCGGCAACAACAACGGCGGCGGCGGCGACGACGGGACAUCCACGGCGGCCUACGCCGCCACCACCGCCGCCGCGUCUCCGCCGGCGCCGUCCCAGCAGAGUAAGCCUCGCGGCGGAGGCGGAACGGGCAUCGGCGGCGGCAUCGGCGGAGGCAUCGGCGGCAUCGGCGGAGGCGGCGACGUCGUGCACAGAGCCAUGCUGGUGCGGUGCGGUGACGGCGAGGAGGAGGAGGACUCUGCAAAGACGAGAGACGCUCGCACUAACCCCGCGGCGGCGGCGGCGGCCGCCCCCCUGCGCUGGCAGCAGCAGCAGCCGGGCGGCGGCGGCGGCGCCGUGACGACGCGCCGACCGCCGCUCGCCCGGCCGCCGCGCCCCGUGUCGGACGGCUUUGCGCUCUCGUCGGCCGCGGGGGGGGCGGCCGGCCUGGGCAGGCAGGCGCCGUCGGUGGCGGCUUCCAGCAGCAUGGCCGACCUGGCGCGCGUCGGCCGCGGCGCUGUCGGCGCCGCGGCGGCCCAGCAGCUCCGCGGCACGCCGGCCUCGCUGCUGCUCACCUAUGCUUCGCCUGGAAACUCGCAAGGCAUGAACACGUACCGGCCCGGCGGGACGCCCGGCGUCAUCGGCUCCCAGGAGGUUUACCGCGACCCACGCGAGCGUCGCACCAAUCAGAGCAAACCAGAGGCGGGCGAGCGCCCGAGCCCGAUGCCCGAGAAGCUGCCGUUCCGUGAGCGCCAGCGCCUCUUCUCGCAGGGCCAGGACGUCGCCAACAAGAUCAAGACGUCGCGCAAGCUCAUGGAGCUCGAGCAGGAGCUGGGAAACAAAUAAAGCGGCGAGCGGCGGUGUGCGGCGCGGCUCAGUCUGUCGCUCGCUCGCUCGGUCAGUCGGUCGGUCAAUCAAUCGGUCAAUCAGUCGGUCGGUCAAUCGGUCGGUCGAUCGGUCAAUCAAUCGGUCGAUCAGCCGGUCAAUCAAUCGGUCAAUCAAUCGGUUAAUCGGUCAGUCGAUAGCUCGCGUGCCCGCUCGCUCGCGGAAGACCGUCUGUGUGUCUCUCUCUCUUUGCCUCUCUGCGUCUCGGCCUCUGGCUCGGUCCGUCUGGCCCGCCGGCCGACGGAGAGAAAAGCACAACAAACGAUCUGAUCCGGUGGGGGGGGGGGGGGGGGUGUCUCCCCACGCUUCCUCCUCGGUGAGGCGACACCACCGCCGACGACGACGAUGCUGAUGAUGAUGAUGACGACGUUGAUGAUGAUGGGGUCCAUCGCUUGGUCCGCCGUGGAAGACAGCCCUUCGUGUGGCCCCUCUGUGCCUGCCCGUCCCCCUCCCCCCGUCUUUCUCGCCAUCUUUUGGCGGUGGCGUGCGCGGUGUAGCAUCCAUCCGGACGUCUCUCUCUGCGUCUCUCUCUGCGUCCCUGUCUCUCCCGGCUGUCCUUCCAUCGCUGACGGGGCAGCGCGAUCGCGAGCACGUCCUAGGAUGUCUCUGCGGGGAGCGGCGAUGGUAGCGGUUGGCACCGCCGCGCCACGAAGCCGGCGACCCGAGUUCGAUUCCCGCUCGCGGACAACACCGGUGACGAUUAACCUGGCCCAAGUCCUAGGCCUCCCCUAGGUCGACUCGGCCUCGAAUUAGUACCAGGUGUGUGAAAUCAUCGCCACUGGUUGCUGGCCACCCACCCCCUCGUGGUACCGUGCCAGCCUUCACAGGUGCUCGCUAACAGCACUUGCCCCUACAGCCUGUUAAGGAUAUGCCGGGAGUGGUCUUCGUCUCUGUGCACGUGGCUGGCUUUCUCUGCACGCUGGUGGCGUCACAGCAAAGCGCACGAAUGACGGCGGCAUCCUUCCGCUGGGAGUCUUGUGCGCGUCGCUCGGCUGUCUUUGAUCGCCCGGAACCGUAUCAACGAUCCGGAGAAUACCUCCACGCGUCCUUGACGGGAUGCACGCGUGCGUGCGUGUCGAGCCAGCACUUUGACCCUCAAAGUGCACCUGGCCUGGCACAAGCGCCGCGGUGACGUCACUGCCACUCGGUGGCGAAUGGCGGCUGUUAUUGGUGGUGGUGAGCCAGCACUGAUGACGACGACGACGACGCUCGUUGUCGAGAUGAAGGAGGGGACCCCCUGCUACUUCUGUAAUAUUCCCGCGCGCGUUUAGACGCGUCGAAACCUUUGGCAACGCUGAGAGCCCCCCUCGCCCCCCCAAAUCCGCGACACCGCGCGGAUUUUUCCCCAAAACUUCCGAUUCGUCGUCGGGUCGAUGGUGGAAAAAAAACCAAAUCUCUCGAUUGUUGUCGUCGCCGUUUUUGUUGUUUUUUUUUUCUAUCCUGGCCCCCUUCCCCCCCCCCCGAGCAAUAAGCUGAUGUCGAAAAAACGUCGCAGAUCUGACCCACUGACCCCUCAUCCCCCUGCUGUGCAUGGCGCGGUCGGUCGUCGCGUUGCGUACGUGCCCGUGCGGUGGUAGGUGACGGCCGUUCCCUUCUGCUGGGUUCGUUUUGCAAGAGAGCUUUUUUAAAAAAAGAAUUAUCGCCGAUUCUAAACGAUUUCCGCGGGGCGACAAAAGCACAUUGUGGACUCGGGGGAAACCGCAGCGUGUUUGCGUCGGCUGCGGGACACACGGAGCAUCCUCGGGUAACGAUAGCAGCAGCAGCAACAACAACAGCAACAACGGCAACAACAGCAACAACAACAGCAACAACGGCAACACCAACAAGUUGUCGGUAGCUUUAUUUCCUCCUCGUGUCAACUCCCAGGGUGAAGAUGACGUCCGUGUUGGGGAAACGUCAUCACGCGCGAGCACCGUUGCCACCUGUCCUCUGGUUGUUAUUUUUUUCUCCCCCCCUUCCCCCAAGGAUCCACAACCUCUUGGUUCUCAAAGGGUUAGCUGCUGGGGAAAUCUCAUAAUCCUUGCCGGGGGGGGGUACAUUAAAAAUCUCUCCCGGCUUGUGUCGGUUGUGGAGUGGUAGUCGUAGUAGUAGUAAUAAUGUUGACGGCGAUGAUGAAGACGAUCAUUCUCCACUCGGCGAUUAUCCCCCUGGUUGUUGGGUAGCCUCCUCAAGGGGCGGUGGCGACGACGCCGACGGUUUAAGCUUCACCAUUGGAACCUCAUCGGUUUCAGCUUCGCCGUGGCACGGCGGAGGGGAACCGCCGGUGUUGUGAACUCGGUGAAGGGAGAGCGCCAAGCAGCGUGCUUUGCAAACCCCCUCUCGGUUAUUUUGUUUUUAUCUUAAACGGGGACACGAUGGGGGGGUCACGUGGGGCGAUUGAUGGAACGCGUGAAAUUGUAUCGUGCGCGAGAGCACGUCGGUAAGAUAAUCAGGCGCGUCGAUGAAUCUGCCAAUGUAAACAUAUAACUUGGCGAUACAAUUUGAAUCCAUGCGGUAACCCAGAACGACGAGUAAAAAGACCCCUUCCAGACUCGCCCGAUCGUAAGCAACGUGGUUGCCGUGAGCAACCAGUGAGUGCGAACAAAUGACGUCACGUGCGCAGAGCGACAGUUUGAGUGUUUUUUGUACACUUAUUGGCAGCUAGCUAGGAUUACCUCACUAAAUGGACAAUUGGUUAUAAUAUUUGAUGUUCAUUAUUCGUACUUUAAUUUACUCAGAACCACGUUUGGGGGUUACUCUGUUGGAACAAAACUCAACAAAGGAGGGGGGGGGUACAGGACCUAGACCACAAUCACCACCAUCGUCACUAUCAUCACCACCACAACCACUAUCAUCACCACCAACAACACUGAUGAUGUUACCACGCCGCUUGCGCCAGGCUAGGUGCACGUUAAGGCCGCGUUGAAGUGUCGAAAGCUCCGCUGGCAGGAGGUCGCGGGACAGGCCCAGGUGCCACUAUCACCACAACCACUAUCCACCACUCCUCUCGUCAUCACCACAACAAUUAUCACCACCACUCUCAUCAUCACCACCACUCUCAUCAUCACCACAACAAUUAUCACCACCAUUCUCAUCACCACCACCACUCUCACCACAACCGCUAUCACCAUAACCACUAUCCGCCACCACUCAUUAUCACCACCACAACCACUAUCCACCACUCCUCUCGUCAUCACCACAACCACUAUCACCACAAUUCUCAUUACCACCACCGCUAUCACCAUAACCACUAUCCACCACCACUCAUUAUCACCACCACAACCGCUAUCACCACAACUAGAGCCACCCCAAAAUAGUUUUACUUUUGCAACGGCUUCUACUUCACAAACUUCACGUUGGCCACGAUCUCUCCGCUGCUGGAUGAGGACCUUCCGCCCCACGGCGUAGCUCCCCCCACCCCCCACGCCUCGAUGCCAAAACUCGUCACGGCUAAACUCCCGGUAAAACACCUCCCGAUUUGCACGGUCGGCUACGUGGCGUGCGAAAGAAUUUGAACGUGCGUACACGCAACGUGCAAUGAGAGCCGCGGGAGUUUAACAAGCGCCCCGCCUGCCCGCCCGCCCACCCGCGGGUUUAGGGGGCCGUGAGACCCAGGGGGAGUUGAACCCCCAGUGCCUGCUGACCCUACCCCCGACGAGGGCAAGUCACGAGCCCGUGCGAGAUUCUUGUUGUUGUUGGCAGUGUUGAUUAUGCAAGUGGGAUGUGUGCGACCUUCGUAGGAAUGACACGGGUCGACCGUGCUCGUGGAAAAAAAAGAAAUCAAAGUUUAUCGCGACGCUGGUUGUGAUGCCUAUCGCCGCCGCGACCUUACACCACGGGUCAACUCUCAAUUGUGUCCCGGUUUGAGAUUUUUAACCGACCGCUCUUGCGUUAAGUAAAAAAAACAAGCCGACGUUAUCAUCGUGCGCCGCGACUCGCGUCCAACUCAACGCCGCCCGCCCCUCGUCGAGAGCUUUGGCCGUGAGCUCGACUGCAAACGCGUCGGCGAACGAAAGCCCCGUUGGCUCGUGAGCGCGGAUUUUCAAAAAUUGCAGGCGACGCAUUCUCCCCUCUCCAGCCGACGAUCGUUCAUUUCCAUCCCCCCCCCCCCCCGCUCGCUCUCCUCCGAUUAGCGCGGCUCUGCUACGUACGGUGCGAACGAGGUUGAACGUACAUGCACGCUACGCAGGUAACAAACAAAAAUGCUUAACCCUGUCGUACGAAUGUUUUGUAUUGACGUCUUAUAUUUUAUUUUUGCAACACCGCCCCCCGCUCCUCCCCCCAUUACUCCAGAUAAACGAGAGCUGCCUGCAGCAAUAUUUAAUGGUUACUGUGCUAUCAUGGUUGUUACGGUUGAGUCGCACUUAACUGGAGCUGUCGAAUUACUGUUUGGGCUCGUGGCGGUUCACGCGUCCCUCCGUCUUAUCCGCCUUGCUGCGCCCAUGCCCCCCCCGGGGCGACGCUACAAGUUGCGUUCCACAAAGUUGUUGCGGUCCCACUGAGCUGCGUUCAACCGAGUUGCUUUCCACAACUCGUUACGGAGCGACAGCAACAUUUUAACCGAGGACGCCACGUGACGACUCAGAGCCGCUUUCAAAAACAAAUCGACCUUCGUUCUGUCUGUGUCCACCCCGCCCGACUCCCAGUGUAAAAGUAAAACAAUUCGUUUUCGUCUGUAGCACCGAGAGCGACACACACGCACACCACACGAUCAGUUUGCAAUGAAGGUGGGGUUUUGCAUUCGGCCCAGUCAGCCCAUAGCGUGUCCCCCCCCCCCCCCCCAUGACCCCUUGCCUUAACACUGAAAUCGUAUUUCUCAAGACACAAGCCAUCACGCGCGGAAUUUUGGUCGGGUCAACAAUAUCGGGCACUCUGGAAUCUAUCGCCCCCCCCCCUCCCCCAAUUAAUUACGCUCGCCAAGUAACGAAUAAUAUCGGGUUUUUUUUUUCUGCCGGUCGGCGUCUGCGUACGCACGUUUACCUAUAUCACGUCCGUCGUGCGGGUCGGUUGAGCGAGUUGCGUGGGCGGCUCUGCGGUCCGCGGAUGGAGCUGUACAUAGUACUGAAGACAUAUCGCGCGUGCGGCAAUUCCCGCAGAAGCCGCACGGUUUUGGUGUAAAUGCGGCGCUCUGACAUCGUCGUCAUCAUUGCCGUGUUUAGUUUGUUGUCCUUCCCCGCCUAGCCCCCCCUUCUCCACCGCACCUCCCGAUGAACACGGGUUGGCUGCGUGAUGGCUGCGAAAGAAGUUGUGCGUGCGUCAUCGUCAUCAUCAUCAUUGGUGGCGGCAGGAAGUCACGGUCGAUCCACUGCCGGGUGAUGCUCUCGGCUGCAACGGCAACACGUCGCGACGGUCCACCCCCAGCCAGCCGCCUGCUACGCGAACUGAUUCCAUAUCCCCUUCUCCGCCUCCUCCGCCCUCGGUGGUGGUGGUGGUGUUGGUUGGCUGUACCGCACUGUGUACUGUAUAUAUGUAUAUGAACGAGUGCGGGAAGUGCGCCCCGCUUGUGUCGUUGUUAACCCCCCGGGGGUUGGGGGGGGGGUCAGCGGCUGCCCGCGUGGUUUUUUGUUGCUUUCUCUCGCCGACUUGCUGUCGCCCGUGUCAAUUCCACGCCGCUGUGCCCCGAGGAACGGUAUAUCGGUAAAACACUACAAAACCGGACAUUUUUUUUUCCUUUCACCAUUUUGGGCACAAACCUAUCCAAGAUGCCCGCAGUUGCCUUGCCCACAUGGAGUCUGUUGGGGAGUUCCAUGCUACAAAGCCCGUGGGAGCAGUGGAUUGUUGCGGUUUUGACGUUGGAUUGGGUCCUGGUCCAAUUUCCCAUGGGACCCUGCCCAACGUCCAGGCACGGUUCGUCUACGUAACGGCGCGAAGGGAUUUCGACGUCGAUUUUUCGGUGGUGUGGCGCGCGGUUGUCCUUCAACCACCACCACCACCCCCCCUACCCCUCUCUCUCUCUGGCGGUCUUGUGAUGAUACCAAUCUGCCAGCGGUGGAGAUGGAGCGACGAUGAGAUCGGAUCCCGACGGCUUGUGGAGGCCUCCGUCCAGCGCUGAUAUCGAUUCUUGAAACUAAAGUCCCAUCCGGUUAAAUUAAAACUGAAAGGCCCACUGAGCUCUACAACUCUUUUUUAGAAGCGACCUUGCACAAAUAAUAGCUCAACAGCAGAGUGACCUAUCGUCAUCACGUGGAAAUUUGUAGCAGCCAAAUAUAUUCUAAACACCGUGACAUUGAUUCUAAACGUGGAGGGAAACACCGCAGGAUCCGGAGAAAAUCCACGCGGCCACGGAGAGAGACACACGCAAACUCCAAAUAUACAGCAGGCAUUGGGGUCGGGAUUGAACCCACGACCUCCUGUACACCAGGCGAGGUAGUUAACAUCUCCUAGCCACCGUGAUGAUGAUGAGAGAGACACGCAGACUCCAAAUAUACAGCAGGCGUCGUCAGGGUCAGGAUUGAACCCACGACCUCCUGUCUACCAGGCGAGGUAGUUAACAUCUCCUAGCCACCGUGAUGAUGAUGAGAGAGACACGCAGACUCCAAAUAUACAACAGCAGGCGUCGUCAGGGUCAGGAUUGAACCCACGACCUCCUGUCGACCAGGCGAGGUCGUUAACAUCUCGCCACCGUCACGCCCGAGUUGCCUAGCUUACCAUUGAUCAUGUCGAGUUUGGUUUCAUUCCCGUCCACUGCGAGUCGAUGUCUGAACCGGUCUUUGGCUCCAUCGCACACUUAAUUUGACCAAGCCGCUUUGACCAGCAUGGUGAAGUAUGGUCAAAUAACCCCCAUGAUCGACACGGAUUGUAGGAGGCCUUCAAUCCAGCAGUGGUUUCAUUAUUGUUGUAUAAUUCCAUGGUAACGGGGAGUGAGUGGCCUUCACUUUUCGUACAGCGGCAGGCCACGUAUCACAAUUGCAGUUUUGAGUUGAUCGCAUCACGCUAGAGAGAGUGUCUCUCCACACUUUUAAUCUUUAAACACUAAAAAUUUAAAUAAAAGUUUUAUUUGUAUUUUGCAACUUAAUAUUUUUUUUUCCUCCUUCUUGGGUAAACACUGAAAAUAAGAGAAAACACAUAACGUGUUGGACUUGAAAGGCAGUUAUAUGAUAGUUUUUAUCUGUAAUCAUGUUCUUGUUGUAAUAAAACACAAACCUUGA